AUGGCCAGCCAGGACAUUCGAAACGGAGCGAGGAGGAGCUCGAGGGUGUCUGGUGGUCGCGAACUCAAGCUACCCCCCUCCUACACCGUUGACGGGAGAACGUAUACGGCUGGCCCCGAGAUGCGCCCGCGCAGCCAUACGAUAUCAGCGGAGGCGAGCCGAAGCCCGCUGAAUCCACUGAGUCUACCUAGCUCUCCGAGCCGGCAACCCGUAGUGACCACUAUUAAGCCACGGUCUCAGACCAUCUAUCCCACUCCAUCCCGAGAUGGUGGUGAGCGUUAUAUAACCCCUUCGUCAUCUCAUUCUCGGCAUAGGCAACCUAGUGGGCCACUGGGAGGAGAGCCCGAUACGAUAGUGCCUUCUGGAGAACGUGAGCUCAAGUACAGGAAUGGGUAUCUUACUCCUGCCGGAAAUUCUGGGUUCCCAAGCCCUAACCGGGAUUCCAGCUAUAAAGAUAUCGAUGUCCAUGAUUCAUUCAGCUAUACCAACGCUCGAGAACAGUUUUAUAGAGACUCUGAUGCGAUUCGGGAAUCCCGUCGACAAGUCCCCGCUGUCAGAAAGGCAAGGCCCUUGAGUUUGACCGGGUUGGAAGCUUACCUUCCACAAGUCACUCGGGACCCAAAGGCUGCUGGGCCUCCGCCAUCAUCUCGGCGAUUCCUAGCGCCUGAGAGAGAAGACGCGCCUCGCAAUUACAGAGAGAUAAAGCCGCGGGAUCUAGAUGCUGAUGCAACCAGGAACAACCCUACAGUCCCUCGAGCAUCUGACAACGCCCGGCAAAAUAGCUCCCUUCGCAACCCAGUAUCUUUACAUCAGGACAGAACUACGUCACCAUCACCCGCCCCUCCUGCCCCACGUCGUUCCGGCUAUGAUAAUUCAGUUGAAAAAGGGUAUCAGAUACGAAGAGAUGCGAACAACAACGUGAUUGUUGACGAUAAACCCGAAACUGCUCGGCGUGACCGACGCCUGAGCGUUUCUGGCCAGACUCCGAGCCGAGAUCGAGGAUAUUCUACCGGCAGGGCUCCGGAUGGAAUGACGGGUGGUGGCCUUGGAACCGCUGGCCUUGCCAGUGGCUAUUCUAAUGAACCCAUGGAUGCACACCCACGGGCUGAGGCUCGGAGCGGGCGAGAUCGGUCAGACUAUUCCAGUCGCCCUGAAGAUAAAUACAAGUCCUCUAGGAACUGGCCUCAAGACACAAAUGAUGGUUACUAUUCGGAUGGAGCUAGGGGAAAUCACAAGUAUAACCCACCACCAUCCUCUCGGGAGACAGAACGGCGCCCUAGGGCUCCGUCACCAGUUGACUCAGACUCGAAGCGGUCAGUCAACUCCUCACGUCAUGAAAAUUACGAAAGAGCAGCCCCAAGAGAAUCGAAUUCUUCUUCUGCGAAGAGAUCGCCUCCUCCGGCUAGUGGAACGAGCCCAGACACCCAAGCACCGCGAGGGAUUCUAAAACAACCCACCGAGAAAUUCCCCGAGGAGCCCCAUGCUGUCCGAGAAGGCGUGGCGCCUUUGAAGGAUGCGCCAAAGAAAGGCGUACCAGCUGGCGCCCGCUGGACCAAAAUCGACAGAAGGCUAGUCAGCCCAUCUGCUCUUGAAGGGCGAGAAAGGUUUGAAGAACGACCGGACUACGUUAUUGUGCUGCGAGUUCUGUCCAGAGAAGAAAUUGAGGAGUACGCACUUUCGUCUGCUAAGAUACGAGCGUCACGAACCCGACGAAUCUCAGAUCGUAAAUCCCGAGACGACGAUGAUACUCGAGCUCGCGGACGUGAUUCCGACAGCGAUGAUGAAGACGACCAUGACUCAUCCCAGCUGCGACUCGAGCCACCACCACGAGACCCCAGACGAUGA